CUGCGCGCCCCUCCGCGCGGCCCUCGCGGGGAGUGAGGCUCGGGUACGCCGGCUGGGCCGCGCGGCGGUGGCGGGCGGGGGCGCGGGGCGAGGGCCGCGCUCCGGGAGGCGCCUGGGCCCGCCCUCCUCCGGGGCGCCGCGGGAGGGGCCCGGGCCGGCGCGGGGCGGAGAGAGCCUCCUGGCCCCUCCCCUCCGCCGCCCUCCCCAAAGUUGCCGUCUCCCCCGGGGCCGGCCGGUCUUAUGAUCCGGCGGAUCCUCCUGGGGAGACCGGGCCGGGGAGAGGGCGCGGGCGCCGAGUGGCGGGGGCAGCGGGCGGGCGCGGCGACAGGGGCCGGGGCGGGGAUCCGGGCGGCGACCGCGGCGGCGGCAGCGCCCCGGGCCCGCCGCCCCCUCCCCUCCGGCAAGGGGAGCCGCUGCAUGGGGCCGGGGGGGCGGCCCUGCGGCGCGGAGCGGCGGCGACGGCGGCGGACCCCCCAGGCGGGCUGGGGCUGAGCCCGGGGCCGGGGCGGGGGCUCCGGGGGGACCAUGCCCGGAGGCCGGCCGGCCGCAGCAUGGCUCACGGGCCCGGCGCGCUGAUGCUCAAGUGCGUGGUGGUCGGCGACGGGGCGGUGGGCAAGACGUGCCUACUCAUGAGCUAUGCCAACGACGCCUUCCCGGAGGAGUACGUGCCCACCGUCUUCGACCACUACGCAGUCAGCGUCACCGUGGGGGGCAAGCAGUACCUCCUAGGACUCUAUGACACGGCCGGACAGGAAGACUAUGACCGUCUGAGGCCUUUAUCUUACCCAAUGACCGAUGUCUUCCUUAUAUGCUUCUCGGUGGUAAAUCCAGCCUCAUUUCAAAAUGUGAAAGAGGAGUGGGUACCGGAACUUAAGGAAUACGCACCAAAUGUACCCUUUUUAUUAAUAGGAACUCAGAUUGAUCUCCGAGAUGACCCCAAAACUUUAGCAAGACUGAAUGAUAUGAAAGAAAAACCUAUAUGUGUGGAACAAGGACAGAAACUAGCAAAAGAGAUAGGAGCAUGCUGCUAUGUGGAAUGUUCAGCUUUAACCCAGAAGGGAUUGAAGACUGUUUUUGAUGAGGCUAUCAUAGCCAUUUUAACUCCAAAGAAACACACUGUAAAAAAAAGAAUAGGAUCAAGAUGUAUAAACUGUUGUUUAAUUACGUGAGAAACAUCUUCAGUGGCCAAGGAAACUGUCCAUUUCUCUCAGAAAGCAAAUGAAAUGCUACAGCUAUAUCCAGACCUUUUAUAGGUAAUGAAGCAGUUCAAAACUUGAAAGAAAACAAAACCUGUCCUCAGAAUUCUAUAAAAGUUAUUAAGAAUGUUCCUUAAAGGUUUAAGAAGCAGUAAGCAGCAUCUGAAGCCACAAUCUAUUAUAAAUACUUUAUUUCAACUAGAAGGUACAAUCUCUCAGGGGUUUCAUAGUUUAAAAAGCUACAAUCACAUCAUGUUGUAACUACAUAAAAAACAGUGCUGUAAAUGGAACUGCUUGGCUUUGACCAUACACAUUUCUGCACAGCCCUUACAGAAUCUGCACAAAGAAGUAUCUCCCUUUGCUCCAGUUAAUUGUUCUUGUAUGUAAGUUGCUUUCUAUUCCAGUAUAUCCAGAGUGGUGAAAUAACAAGGCCAGCCACGUAGCCAAAGGUCGCUCCAAGCGUACAGGAGAUGGGCCAUACCUGAGGAGAGAAUGUAUGAGAUCAAAAAAGAACAAAUGUUUUUAUUAUUACUUGAGCACAAGUGUAACCUAAAUAUUUCUAUAUUAAAGCUUAAUGUGCUUUCUUAAAGAAUGCCAAAAGUGUAAUAAGGUAAUAAUUGCAUUUAUCAUGAACACUAAAAAUGUACACAUUUUAGUUAAUGUGCAUUAAACUGUAACAAGGCUCUGGCAAUUGUAGAUUUAGUUUGACGCUCCCCAAAGUGCAUGAGACAUAUGCUAAAAUUACAAAUUAAAAUUUUGGGUCAGACUUUGCCAUAACGCUGGACUCAAUUUAGCUCUCUGAACUAGUUGGUAAUUUUUUUUUUUUUAAUUCCCACUUUGGCUGUGUACAUCAAAUGAAAUGAGAAUUGUGUAUGUUGACCAAACCACAAGAAACUUUAAGUUGUGUUAAAGAGGGAAGACCUAGAAUCCAAGCAUGUUACGUGAAAAUUGUAACAGAGCAGCUGCUUCCACCUUUCAGAUAUAGAUGUUGGAACCACAGCAGAAGUUAUAGAAUGACAACUUAUAUACACAUCUAGAAUGUAAGUUAAACAAAAUACCGGCUUCCAGAGACCCAUUUUCUCCAGCCAUAUUACAUUAGGCUAGAAGUAAUUAAUUUUGAAUUAUUUAAUCUACAAGCAGUGCAUGUGUUGGUCCCUAAGUGAAAGGCUCUGCUUAAAGAAAAAAAAAAGUUGGAGAAAAAUUUUCAUGUUCUUCUGUGAAGCUUAUUUGGUACACUGGAGCCAUUUCUAAUCUUUCUCUGGGGGGAACAGGCCACAGAACUGUGUUAGAGGUGAACCAUCUUAAUUACUAGUUCUAUUACCUAAUUCAGCUUCCUUGUUUGGUCUGCUGUGGAUCUGCCUUAUUGCAUAUGCCAUGCAUCAGAUAAUGGUGUUAGACAAAGCUUCAUUGUGAACAACCUAAUGCAUUUUAGAGAAACAAUCUCAUCUACACAUUUUUUUCUAGCCUUUCCUACAUUUAAACUUGCUGUUGCCUAAAUUAUAAUUUUUUAAAUGUCUUUGGUGGGCUUCUGUUAAUUCACAUGACUUAAGCUUAUAGCUAUGUCUACUGCACAGAUUGGGUAAUGGAACACUAAACUUUUAUACUUGAAAAUGACAGCCUUAAAUGCUCAUAUCAGUCACAAAUCUAGGAUGUACUGUCUUGUUGUAUGUGAGCUUUGUAGAGAUUUUUAAAAAUAUAAGCAUCACCUUUCCAUUGAAGAGUGGAGAGAGUCUACUGGAUGACUGGCCAGGAACUUUCUCUCUGCAUCAGACAUUUGGAUGUCUUCUUUCUUCCAAGAAAUGGUGGUUCACAUUAAGUAUCAUGGCCUUAUGUAUGCUCAAAUGGAAUCUUAUGUAACUUUCUUAUUUAAUUUUGGUCUGCUAUUUUUAGAUAAAAUUGAAAGGAAUUGUAUAAAUCAAUUAACAUAUUAGCUAAGUUGUCCAACACAUGGUAUAAAGGAAUUACAACAGUAAACUAUUAUACAUUUCGAACUUGC